GAAAAAGAACACCACGUUCAGUCAAACUUCAAGCCAUUACAAUCAAAUGAAAGAGAAAGAAACCAUGGGUUUCAUACAGAAUCCACCAAAGAUUGUAGUCCCUUUGCUGCUCCGAAAUUUUGUGUUUCAUGUAUUGAUUUACGCCGAUAAAUCCCUUUUUUACUUUUCGGAAAGGAACAAGCUGCUUAAAAUAAUUCGUUACCUCAUCGUCUCUUGUUUUCUCUUCUUUCUAAAGUUCAUCCCAUCGAAUUUGCUCUCUCUACAAGCCGAUGAUUACUCGUUCAAGCCAAGAAAAGCCGGUGUUUACGCCAUCGAGUCCGGUUCUGGGAUCGGCGAUUCGGGGAUCGCUCGUGCGCUUUCGCAGGUAUUGUCGAGUGUUAAUGACAUUCCGGUUAGCUCGAGGAAGUAUGAGAUUGUUCGGUCGUUAGCCGAAAGGCUUAUCGAGGAGAAUAACAGGGAAGGUGUCGAGGCUUUACGUGAAGUUAAUCGGGUGGUUUUGUCGGCGGCUUUUUCAAAGACGCUUUGUCAGCUCGAAGAUGCAAUGGCGGAACUGAAAUACGGUAAGGUCGGUUACGAAGGUGGGCCGGUUCACUGUCAGAUGAUAAGGGUUUUAAGGGCGGUUCGAUCGGUGGGUGAUGGGGUGUGGAGUUCUAGGGUGGGGAGGGGGAUAGAGGAUGUGAACCGGUCUGGGAACUGGACGGAGAAACUGGCGGCGGAGAUGCUUUGGUUGGCGCAGAAAUUGGCUGCUUGUGGUUUUGCCGACGAGGCUGUUGAGAGAUGGGCGUCGGCUUCGAAUUUGGCUUCGCUUUCUCUCAUGGCGGAGCAGCGCCUUCAAGGUUCUCUUCUUAAAGUUUCGGCAUUUUUAUUCAUGCAAGCGAAGAACAUGAGAGUGGAAGAAGAUAGUGAAGAAGGCAACAACAACAACGAGAAGCCGAGGCAAUCGAAGAUGAAGAUGAUUACAUCGUGGCUGCCGUUGUUAUGCCGAGCGAGCAACGGCAGCGACGUGCCGGUGCUGAGCAAAAACGAAAGAACCGAGCUAGAGAAAAUAUUGGAAGACGCCAUCGACAAGCUCGAAGGAGAGGAACAAGAGCAAGUAUUGUCGCUCUGGCUUCACCAUUUCACGUAUUGCCCGUCCUCCGAUUGGCCCAACCUCUAUGCUUCGUAUGCUCGAUGGUGUAUCACUUCUCGUAGGCUCUUUCUAAUUAAAUUUCUUGGUUGA